AUGGCUUCCAUCGAAGAAAUUGAAAAGGAGCGAGAUUUUUAUGAUGCAUUAAUGGUAUAUCUUCCUCAAAAUGAAUCGCAGAUGGAUGUUCCUCCUGCAAAUCCAACAAACAAUCAAGAAAAAACAGAAAAUACACAAAAGCCAAAACCACAACAGCAAAAUAAAAACGUUCCAAAGCAAAAGCCUAAGAACAAAUUCAAUCCGAUUCGUCCUGGUUUUGAAGGGCCGAAGUUUAUUAAGAAGAAACGCGAAGAUAGAAAAUAG